UCUCUCUCUCUCUCUCUUUCUCUCUCUCUCUCUCUCUCUCUACUACACGCUUGAGGCGCUUGACGUUAGGCCGCGUCUGAGAGUUCUUGAAUUGUCUCGGUUUAUGGCAACGUAUCACCCAUCAGGUGGAAGACCUCCUAAACCUCGGGUACGAGAAGGAAACAACAACAACAACACAUCUGCUCCUAACCCUUUCAGGCCUCCUUCAAAUACCACCAGCACGGCUGCUUCUGUUGAGGCUUCUGGCACAGCUAACCCUGGUGAACUAGUUUCUUCUCUGAAUAGGAAUCAUACUGCUGCUGGUAAUAUGAAUCUACUGGGUAGACCUGUGCCAGCUAGACCUUGGUUGCCGCAGACGUAUGGCGGUUAUGGUCCAAAUCUAGGUAUGAACUCUGGUUAUGGUUUGGGUGCAUAUGGUUAUGGGCUUGGAAGGUAUGGUGGUGGUAGCAUGCAUAAUAGAGGAGGUAUGUAUGGUGUUGGUGGUGGUCUCUAUGGAAGUUCAGGUAUGCAUGGUGGUGGGAUGUACAAUAGAAGUUUCGGUGGUGGUUAUGGUAUGGGAAUGGGGAUGAUUCCUUAUGGUGGUCAAGAUCCAAACGACCCUUCUAAUCAACCUCCAUCUCCACCUGGCUUCUGGAUAUCCUUUCUCCGUGUGUUGCAAGGUGCUGUGAAUUUCUUUGGGCGUGUAGCAAUGCUGAUAGACCAGAACACACAGGCCUUUCAUAUGCUCAUGUCUGCUCUUCUUCAGCUAUGUGAUCGUGGUGGUAUGUUAUAUGGAGAAUUAGCAAGAUUUGUAUUGCGUUUGCUCGGGGUGAAAACAAAGCCUGGCAUGAUGCAGCAGCAGACACAAGGAGCUAAUGGACUCCCUUUACCUCACCAGCCCCAUGGAAACCAGAACUGCGUUGUUGAGGGGGCUAAACCUGCUGCACCAGGUGGUGAUGGCGGUGGUUGGGACAGUGUAUGGGGUAACUAAGUUGUUUUGUUUCUUUCAUUAGCCAAAAUCCUUCAACACUGCUUCUGAAUACACCAUGAGAAUUAGUUAGUUGCGAAUAGAAAGACAAGUCGUGUGAUAAACGAGUUUAAAGUGAAAUCGCAAGUGUUUAGAGAAGUUUUUGUUGGAAUUCAUAUAAUAUUUUGAGCUCUUCUUUUAACUGGAUUUGAGACAACAAA